GUCUCUGACAUGAAGUUCAACGGAGCGUCGUAAACAGAACGCAACAUGUCGCCUUCCGCCACCUCGAAUGCCAAACCCAGGGUUGUCUAUCGCAGUAGUUUGCCUACCGCCGAGAUUAUCCUCAAACCUGAUACCAAGAAGUACCCGUGGUACGAGUUCGCGAUUCACCCGUGUUCGAAACGAGUGACCCGCAAUCCAGAGGAAGAGAAGGUGGUUGAGGAUACCUUCAAGGCAUUCAGCGAGUUACCGCCGGAGUUCGAUGCAUGGUCGGAACCCUUGAAAUAUGCCCCACCGGAGUUCUUCCUCGGCUGGCCCUUGGAUAUGGACCUCGUCCGCGCUUAUGCCUUCAAGCAUAAUAUGGCGUAUUUCCUGAACAGAUACACCAAGGAGGGCGUAAAGAUCACAGGUGGCCGCAAGCAGGCACACGAGGUUACACCAGACGAUGCCCUCCACACCAAUCGCACUAUCAGGUUAAUGCAGGAUCGUCUCAUGCCGAGGGCUAAGCUUGAGGAAGCGUAUGACGUGCCGGAUGACGAGGUGCGGUUUGGUGCGAUAUGGUCUCUUUGCUCGAACUGGACACCACCUGAACAACGUCCGACGGAGGAGGAUAUCGCCAGAUUGCAGGAGGAGUUGGGGUACGAGGAGAAGCCGAAGUGGCGUAUGACUACUUUUGCGUAAUGUAUCCGUGCUUCGCUUAUACGCCGAUGGGCAGCGAGACACUCUGGGCGUACUAUUUCCUAACUUGAAGGACCUACCACCGUAUUCUGUGGUCUUGUAGUGGUGCAGACUCA